AUUGGCAUCACUCCAGAAUUGAAGAACAAACAAAAUUCAAGCAGCAAGAAAUGGCAAUAAAUAACACAACAUCCAACUACAUUAAAGAGUGUUCAAUAGCCGGCUACACACAUGUCGUUAUUGUGGAAUUUCCUUCAAGUGAAUAUGUCGUUAACCAAGUUUUAACAUCUGUGGCAAUGUGCAUACUAAUGAUUCCUGUAAUACUUUUGAACG